AACAAUUUAUGAUCUUGACACAAGCGGAGUUGCUUAAGUCUUAAGUGGUUACCACUUUUGCAAAUCUUCAAAGUUCUACUCUCAAAAGUUAUGUUUUAGAAAGAGUUCUGAGGUUUUCAAGAUUUUCAUCUCAUUGAAAGCACUAUGUAUUCGAAUCACGCUUUUUCAACACCAUUUUCUGUUAAGGACAUCUUAAGUUGGACUGAACAGCAACAACAAGCAGCAGCUCAUUAUGGAAUGGAUUUUAAUGGUUUUAACAUGAAUUCUAGUUACUAUGGUUACGAAUCGCCUAGACUUGGGGAGCAGAUGAACACGAUGUCACAAAUGUCGCCGAUGAUGAAUUCUUUGGGUGGAAACUCGUGUCUUUACAGCAGCAACAACAACACAUCGCCUUCAUUACAACCAACGUAUACAAACCUCAGUCCGUCUGUAUCAUCGAUGACGUCAAUGUCGUCUGGUAUGCAGCUGCCGUUACAGAACGACGGAAUGUCACCAAAGCACGAACCGUACGACACACAUGGGGCUCCAACGCCUGGCUCAGAGCAAGAAGAUAUGCAUAAUCCUGGACAGGCUCUGGCACAGGCAGCACAACCGCCACCUCCAGGUAUCGAACCUGGAUCUGUUCUUACACAAAAUUCACAGCCUAACCUUCCACAACCGAUGAUUAAACAUGAAGCACCCGACGAUUUGAUGGAGAAAGACGCUUCCGGUAUGGUACAAACAGACGAGAAUUUAUCCGACUGUGAAAAGUCCGAUUCCUCAGCUGUGAAAAAGGAGCCCGUCAGUGGCGAAUGUCAGAUGAUUAAACAACGGCAGCGUCGAAAACCUAGGGUUUUAUUUUCUCAGCAACAGGUAUUUGAACUUGAGAGACGUUUCAAACAGCAGCGAUAUUUAUCUGCCCCGGAGAGAGAGCAACUUGCCACAUUGCUCAAACUCACGUCCACUCAAGUGAAAAUAUGGUUCCAAAACAGAAGAUAUAAAUGUAAACGACAGAAACUGGACAGGAAUUUGGAAUUGUCAACAAUGUCCGUACCGCGCCGGGCACCAGUGACAGUAACUAUGAGAGAUGGCAAACCAUGUAUGCUAGGAAACAGUAUGCCGCCAUCUUACCCAGCAGCCCCCUAUAACGUUAAUAUGUUUCCGGCCUAUUCCGCGCCUUAUUCAACCCCGAGUUAUAAUAGUGUAAAUAUGGGCUCUUUGCCCGGGGUAAAUCAGAUAUCACCACAAAGUGGGGGUUAUGUACAACAGCCUAUGCACCAGCCAGGGAUAAGGGCAUGGUGAACAUAGCUUUAGUUCCAGACUUAAAAUUCCUAUCUAAUAUGCUCGGCGAGAUUCGCUAAAAUGGCACAAAAAGGCUCGCGAUGUCGAGUUCCAAAAAUGGCGGACAAUUGAUAUUGGUGGGCAUGCCAAAAUAAAGCAGAGUCUUUACUUUUCAGCAACGAAAUCUAUAUUUAUACAUUGCAUCUAUUUUCCUGUGGUAUUUUGAGUAUAUAUAUGUACAAGUAAGGAGUAGACUGUGAAUCGUACAUUGAUAAACUACCGGAAAUGGAUGACCUGUGUCAUGUGACUGACUCAUCAUUUAUCAAUGUGUAGGAAUGGAGUUGACAGCACGAAAUAGUUAAACCACGUUCAUAUUUCCGCUGUUUCUAGUCAUAAGAUACGAUUUCAUCUGAUCAACAGCAGAACUCACUAAAAUUACCAAAAUAUUUACUUAAAUGCAGCAAAAAAGCAUAUCUAUACGUAACAAAAAUAAGCUUUAUUAUUUAAAAAAUAUAUUUCAGUCUUCGCUUACAUUCUAAGUUUAUAAAAUAACACAAUAGAAAACUAUAACUGAAAUAAAACUUCUCUAAGGCUAAAGAAGUAACUGCCAUUUUUGUCUCAUGCUUUGCCAGAAAUCAUUUAGCAGUAAACAAUACGAGAAGAGAGUAAGAAUAUCAUGUCUGGUUAAGUUUUGAUUAAUUUGUCUUCAGUAUGUUGUUACAAAUUACGUACACAUAAUUCUCCUAUCAGUUAUGAAUAAAGUAUUCCCCAAGUGCCAAUGUAGAAGAAUCUGUAGCUUUUUUUUUUUGUUUUUUAUUACUUAUCUAGUCAUAUUUAAAAAGGGUUUAUCAUAAUUGUUUUGAUACUGUGUUAUCGUUGUUUUAAAUCUUUGUAUUCCUUGUAGUUCUUCCUGUCGUGACACUACCGAACCAGUUCACGACUGAAGUCUUACAGAAAUCUAUGAAAGUAUAUGUUACCGAUGAUGUUCCGAGUGUUUUCCCCUAACAAUUUCAGUUUUUACUCAAUAAAUCUCGCACAAUGUGAUUCAGACCUUGUAUACGGGAUUUUAUCAUAGUUUUAAUCGAUUAACAUGAUAAGUUUGUAUAUUUUUGUUAGCAUUAUAGCACGUAAUCUGAUGAAAAUUGCUCAUUUUGAUAUUGUUAUAAACAUAGCACCUGCAUUUUAUAUCCAAUUUUAAAUUAUGAAUUGAUAUUUUCUAGGCUCCUCUGGAACCAACAGAAGAGUUAUCGGUCAUUAAAUCUUUCGGAUAAGAGGUAUUUCACAUUUUUUAGUCUGUUUAAAUGCUAGUCCACAAAAGAAGUCAUUAAUUUUUUUUUUUGAUAAUAGAAUUUUUACUAAAAUUAAGAAUUGAAUCGCAAACUACGUUGUGUAAUCCGUUCUUUCGCUUAAAAUCGUCAUUUCAGAUAUAUACAUACCUAAAAUAUGUUUAUUUUUUUAAUUCAUUUAGUUUAACCAGUGAUACUGAUUACCAACUUUUCAACUUUCGAUUUACUUUAGUUCUUAUCACUGAUAACAAUUUUACCACGUGUUAGGUUUUCCAGAAUGUGCAACUAUUCCAAUAACUUUUUGUGACCGUUACUCUCGGUAUUUAAAUCCUGCCUAAGAACAACUUAUGUCAUGUUUUACGUCUGUUUCUGCAAUUUAAGUGUGAUACGUUUAUAUCUUUUUUUUCCACAAAAUAUUUCAUAUUAUAGAGUACUCUACUUAAUGAGAUAAUUUCUUAAAUAUCUGGCCACCAGGCUCGCGACUGGUUAUAUGUUUGCUUCAUGAAACGAGAAAUUUCACUUAUUUUCUAACAGAUUGCCAGUUAUACCAAUCGUUUGUCUUGGACGUUGUUAUAUGUGUUGCCUUAAAGUGUCCUUUUAAAGAUGUGUCUAACAUUUUUACCUGAAUGGAUGCAUAAUUAUGAUAAAUUGAAAUAGUGCACCAUGUAUAAUAUAUAUUUUAAUUUUAAUUAUUUCAUACCUUUUGUACUUAUUUUAUUUGUAUAUGUUGUUUUUGUGUAUAUUUUGAUAGAAUUGAGAAAUAUAAAGAAUUCAUAAUAUACAAAAUUGAAAAUUAUGCAAUAAAAUAUAAAUUGUUUAAGAA